AUGUUCUCAUUGUCGAAGUUCUUCAAGAAGGUGUUCUGCUCCAUGGAGUGUGCCCCAAAACAAUGUACUCCGAAUGUCUAUCGGGCAAUCAUUGAGGCGCUAAGAGAAGUAUGCAAAGGAGAUCACGUAUGUGUUGGAGGUCAGCGGACGGUGGGAAGGCGAGAGAAUGACAUCAGCAAGAAGCUUGAUCUUCAGCCAGACAUGGCUAAGGUUCGCAGGGCCCUGAACAUCCUUGAGCGGUUUCGUGAAUGGCGCUGGCUGUUAAGCGAGUAUCGGAAGAAAGCUAGUGAUCUACCCUAUACCAAGGAUGUUAAGAGAUGGAAGCAGUAUAGCCCAAACUCGAAAAAUUUGCCUACUGAAUGGGAGGAGUUUUCCCUCGAACUCCCUAAAAAGAGGAAGGCUGAUGCCAAGUCCUCUAAAGAUGAAGUUGGAACCUCACGGGGUCAAGUACCUCGUUGGUGGGAUAGUAAGAAGAUCAGCGACAUGCAGAAUGUUCAGGACAUUUCGCUCAAGUCUCCAACUACAAGCUCAAAUCCUGCAAUCUGCCCUGGAAAGAAAUCUAUUCCCAAACCGUCAUGGGGUGAGGAUCUAACUAGGAUGACUGCUCCUCCACCUAACCAUCGUGAUCCAGCUGUUGAGCCACGAACAGUCAAACAUGGAGCUGAUUUAGCAUCGUUUAGUCCUUUGGAGGCGAGGAUGGAGGGGUCUAAGAAGGCCAGAGAGUCAUCUAAUCGGGUGAAGGGUUCUUCGGAAAUGCGAACAGCUAGUCCAAAGGUUGACAAGUCCAACUCUGCAGGGGAUGCAUGUGUCUGUGAUAUGCUCAAGAUGAACUUUCUGUCAUGUCUGUCUGCUUGCGUCAAACUGGUUGAUCAUAUACAUCAGGCUAGUGAUCUUGGCAUGUUCUCAACUCUUUCCUUGGAGAAGAAAAAGAAAGCGGCUAUCACUUUGCUAAAGGUGUAA